ACAGAGAAAUUCAAUCUGAAUAAGAAAAACGACACCGUUAAAGCAAAGAUUAUGAGAGGGAUAUUAUUAAUUAGGGUACAAACUUUUGCAAUGGAAGGACAGAAGUUAUAAAUCUUUCAAUUAAGGUGAAAAAUAAACAGAACGACACCGUUUUUUAAUGAGGUACGAUGGGUUUUGAAAAUCGUUUCUUUCCUUCUUUCUUUCUCGCUGAUGAGCAAUAACCAAUUAUAUCCAGUUUCCUUAAACAACUGAAGUUCAUCUGUACUGUGUAAAAAGAAAGGAUUUUUGAGAUGAGUUAUGGAGUAGUAGGCCUUCCUUCGCCUCUAUACCCAAAUGGGCAUCCUUCCACAUCCCAAAAGCAGCAGAAUGGUGGGUGUUUGGGCAUAGAGGAUCCUAUUAAUACAUUCAAACCUCCCAGUGAUGAUAAUUCUCCUGGGUUUAAGUGGCGUUUGGUCAUUGCAUAUGAUGGCACCCGUUAUGCAGGAUGGCAGUUUCAGACGUCACCACCAACCAUACAAUGCAUUGUGGAGAAAGCUUUAAUUCGAGCUACGAAGCUUGAACGUAAAGAUCUUUUGUUAGUUGGUGCUAGUAGGACUGAUACAGGAGUUCAUGCUUGGGGUCAGGUGGCGCACUUCAUUACACCUUUCAAUUAUGACAGCUUGGACAGCAUUCAUGCAGCUCUAAAUGGUCUUCUUCCUUCUGAUAUCCGUGUUAGGGAGAUUAGCCCUGCUGUGCCGGAAUUCCAUGCCCGGUUUUCAGCAAACAGCAAGGUUUACCACUACAAAAUUUAUAAUGAUGCCGUCAUUGAUCCAUUUCAGCGCCAUUACGCUUACCAUAGUGUUUAUAAACUGAACACUGCUUUCAUGAGAGAAGCUGCAAAACAUUUUAUUGGAAAGCAUGAUUUUUCUGCAUUUGUCAAUGCAUCACGCAAUGAUCGAGUGCCAAAUCCUGUGAAAACUAUCUUUCGCUUUGAUGUUAUUGAAAUGGGAGCUCUUUUGCAGCUAGAAGUUGAAGGCUCGGGUUUCUUAUAUAGACAAGUGCGAAACAUGGUUGCUUUGCUGCUUCAAAUUGGAAAAGAAGCAAUUCCUCCUGAUAUUGUUCCGAAGAUUCUGGCAACUCGAGAUCGCAGGGAGCUUGCUAAAUAUGCUUUGUCUGCCCCACCUCAUGGACUCUGUCUUGUAGCCGUUAAUUAUAAUGAAGAGCACCUACGGCUUCCGGCAGGUUGCCCCACAGCUAGUUUUGGUAGGCGUCAUAGUAUAAGCAAAUGUAAGCUUCCGUUCUAUUAGCUAAUUGUGUU